AGACAUCAACUGAAGUGUUUAUAAGUUAAUAUAUUUUUAUUUUCGAAAUAUUAAAAUGUAAUUGGAAUAAUUGAAAAAAAAUUUAUCUAAAACAAAGUAAAUAAAAAUUAGUAAGAGGUAAUUUUGUACAUUGGAUGGUAGAGUUUAUUUGAUAAACUAGCGGGCAACUAAAAUGAGUAAAAAAAGAUUUAAUGACAGUAGCACUAUUUUCGAAGCAAAGAAGAGAAGGUGUUUAAGUGAAUUAAACAAACAGGAAAAUUCACAAUCCGUAGCUUUGGCUGAUGCAUCUGUUCGUUGCGGGAAAAUUAUGAGAAUUCACUUAACAAAUUUUAUGUGUCACUCAAAUUUAAAAAUUGACCUAUGUAGUAGAGUUAAUUUUUUAAUAGGCGCCAAUGGUAGUGGUAAAAGUGCCAUUCUCACAGCUUUGGUAGUGGGAUUGGGAGCUAAAGCAAGAAACACUAACCGGAGUACUAGUAUUAAACAAUUAGUUAAAACUGGAGAAAAUGCCGCAGAUAUAGAAAUUACUAUUGCCAAUUCUGGUGAUGAAGCUUAUGAACCACAAGUUUACGGCGAAUUCAUUACAAUAGUUCGUCAUAUUUUGGCUUCCGGAAGUUCAUCUUAUAAAAUAAAAAACCAGUUUGGGAACAUAAUAUCAAAAAAACUUGAUGAUUUGCACAAAAUUUUACUUUAUCAUAAUAUUCAAACAGAUAACCCAGUGUUCGUUUUGAAUCAAGAUAGUGCAAGAACUUUUUUGAGAGAAAUGGAUCCUAGUAAAAAUUACAUAUUAUUUUUGAAAGCUACCCAAAUAGAGGUAAUUUUAGAAAAGUUAAAUCAAUGUGGAAUUAUGUAUCAAGACUAUAGAUAUCGGUUAAGUUGCUAUGAGAAGCAACUGGAACUUAUGGAAAAAGAAUUAAAUGAUUUAAGGGAAAAGGAAGAACGUUUAGCGAGCGCUGACGAUAUUAAACGAAAGGUUAAACAGUUCAAACUUGAGGCGACUUGGUUAAAAGUGCAGCAACAAGAAGAGGUGGUUGAUGAAGUUCACACAAAAAGCACAGUAGUUCAAAAUAAGUAUCAGAAAAUAAAAAAAUCUCUUGAUGAAAGAGAUAGUGCGGAAAAAGCUAUCGAACACAAAAUAAAGGAAUAUGAAAAGCAGUAUCUAGAAAAAAGUAACUCAUUUCAGUCUAAAAUUACAAUACUAGAAAAUUUAAAAAGUGCGUGCAAGGAAGCUACGCAAAAGUUGGAACAAAAAUCAUUUGAAUGUAAAAAAUUACGAAGCAAGAUAUCUGAUUAUAAAAAUCAAAUUUUAAGUUAUGAGGAACGCAUUGAAGAACGUACUGGAAAUGGUUUAACACAAGUGCAAAAAUUGCGAAUGGAAAAUGAACACCAGCUUGAAAAUUUAUCAAAAGAAAAGGAUUCAUAUGAAAUUUUCAUUCAACAACAAAAACGGGAAUUAGAUUUACUAAAUGAAACUAAAUUAAAGCAAGAGUAUGAUUUUGAGGAUUUAAAGCGUCAACGAGCGAAAGUUUCUGAUAAAAUAAUAAAUUCGGAAAGAGAACUUUCAAAAAUUCAAUCAACUUCCAACAAUAAGUUUUCUGUGUAUGGGCCUCAAAUGUCGGCAUUUGUUGAAGAAAUUCGACGUAAUAAAAAUAAAUUUUCUGAAUUGCCAAUAGGACCGCUGGGGCUGUAUAUUUCUGUUUCAGAACAAAAGUGGCGUGGACCCAUCGAGCUUUUGAUAGGAGGCUUAUUGACAAGUUUUGUUGUUAAUAAUGAAAGCGAUUCUCGACUCUUGUCUAUCUUAAAGAAUAAAUAUGAAACUAUUAGAAGUCCAAUAAUCACAAUGAGAUUUCCCAAUCACGUUUAUGACGUUUCUUCUGGGGCUUGUAUUCCACCGCAGGAUACGAUUCUUGUUAUGAAUGAAAUAAAAUGUGAUAAUCCAGUUGUUAUGAACUGCUUGAUCGAUCGCGGAAAAAUUGAAACAAUUUUAUUGACAGAAAAUCAAACUUUAGCAAUAAAUUUAACAGCAUACGAAGAAAAUGUUCCAAGAAAUCUGUUAAAAGUCAUAUUAUUAAAUCCAUUUUUGGAAUAUUGCCCGGCGCCAAAAUAUCGAGCAUAUUCUUUAACAGAGAGGCCUCCACGUUACUUACAAGUCAAUAUGGAGGAAAUUCGAAAAAAUCUUCAAAUUGAACUAGAUAAGCAGAAGGGUAUUAAGGCGGCAUAUGAAGAAAAAUUAAGGUGUUUGAAAAGCAAACUGACCGAAAUUUAUCGUCAUGUGAAAAUUAACAGCGAUAAAUUAGCAGAAAACCAAAGGAAAAUGAAUGUAACUGUUGAAAAAAUUCAAGAAUUGGAAUCUUAUGAAUACCCAGAAGAAAUUCAAAUAGAAUUUUUUAAAAAAGAAAUUUCAGAACUACAAAAAACUAUAAGUAUCCAAGAAGAAACGCUUGUAAGUAUUGAAGAAGGUAUCAAAAUUUUGUUGCAAAAUAAAAUUGAGAAAACUGAAGAAUUCGACAAUUAUAAAGCUACCAUUAACAGUGACGAGGAACAAGUUAAAGAAUUAAAAAUUAACAUUGACGAACUUAAAUCUCAAUUAUAUUCUAUUGCAAAUAAUGCUAAUAGUUGGCAAAGCAGCUUAAAAAAGCUGGAAAAAGAAAUAAGUGAAAAUGAUAAUAAGUUAACAGUUGAGCGACAAAAACUUGAAAGCCUUAUAGAAACAGCUUCACUAGUUGGUGAACGUAUUAUAGUAACAAAAAGUGAAGACGAACUAAAAACUUUAAUUAAAAAGAAUGAAUAUUCGUUAAAACAAAUUUUAACAACUGAUGAAAAUUUAUCUGAUGUUAAAGCAUUAAUAGAGAACAAACAAUUUAGAUAUGAAAAGUUUCAAGCAUUUACAGAAACAAUAGCUAGAAUUUUAGAGAUGUUGAAAAAGACGCGAAUACAAAGAUUUAAAUUCAUUAUGAAUUUAAAAAACCACAUGGCAAUAAGAGUAAAAUUUACAUUUAUUGCUAUAUUAGAUUUGAAAAAUUUUACGGGUAACAUUGAUUUUAAUCACAAAGAUCAAAAGCUGGAGCUGACUAUUGUGCCACGUGAUAAACAUAUUGAUAAUGCUGUUUGCAAUACCAAAUCGUUAUCUGGGGGUGAAAGAUCCUUUUCAACAGUUGCUUUGCUUCUGUCAUUAUGGUCUUGCGUUGAUCACCCAUUUUAUUUUUUGGAUGAAUACGAUGUUUUCACCGAUCAAGUAAAUCGCGAAAUAAUGACAAAAUUAUUAUUGAGUGAAGCUGAAAAGAAACCACAUCGGCAGUAUACAUUUUUAACACCGCAGGAUGUAUCAUUUGUUAAAGCAUCUAACACUGUCGUCAUUCAAAAAUUAGCCGAACCAAAAAGAUAAAAGUGGUUUUAUUAUGUAAAAACAAUAAAAAAAUUCCAAAAGAAUUUUAUAUUUUAUUUUUUGUGCUUAUGAAUUUGAGAAUAUGUUUAUUUAUUAAUUACAUGUACAACUGAUUUCCAAUGCAAAAAUGAAGAAAAAUAAAUACAAAUUUUAUUUUUACAAUA